GACACGCCCUCACGCGACUAUGUUGUGGACCCACUGGCCCAGUAUUCAACGUACCAACGACAGGCUACAUCCAGACUUUGUGGAUUCCAUAAUACUAAGAUCCAGAUGUGUAUGAGUGCCCAGGUGGGGACUUAGGUACUUGGGUACCUACCUGAUAAUCAAGCUGCAUCUACACGUAUGAUGGAACACACAGAACCCGCCAACCCCGCCCUCGAAAUAGCUGCCAAACAGGUCAAAAACCCAAACAUCCCACUUUGCACCCCUCCCCCUCUUGUUGACAUUUCCCAACGUUGAAUUCCAGAAUUCAGUUUUCGAGCCUUUCCACCAGUCACUUUUACCAAUACAGACAUAGCCCACCAUGGCGACCGACGAGAGAGAGGCCGACUACACCCUCAACAACCCCGACACUCUCACCAAGUACAAGACUGCCGCCCAGAUCUCGGAGAAGGUCCUCGCCGAGGUUUCCAAGCUCUGUGUUGCUGGCGAGAAGAUUGUCACCAUCUGUGAGAAGGGUGACAAGUUGCUUGAGGAGGAGGUUUCCAAGGUCUUCCGCGGAAAGAAAGUCACGAAGGGCUUCUCCCACCCCACCACCGUCUCGCCGACCUCCUUUGUCACCCCCUACACGCCCCUGAGCACGGACGAGAAUGAGGCGUCAGUAGAGCUCCAACCGGGUGAGCCGGUCAAGAUCCAGCUUGGAGCCCAGAUCGAUGGGUUUGGCUCAAUCAUCUGCAACACGGUCCUUGUCGACAAGGCUGAGGAAGUUGUCUCGGGCAAGCCAGCUGACCUGUUACUGGCUACCCACUAUGCCAAUGAGCUCCUCCUGCGGCUAAUGGUCCCUCCCGGACUGUUGGCUAGUGGGACAGACCAGGAGAAGGCCAAGGCAGCGGCGGCGAAGGCUCCUUCGCAGGCCAAGAUCACCAGCCUCCUGGAGAAGGUAGUCAAGGCUUAUGACUGCAACCUGGUUGAGAGCACCACCUCAUGGCUGUUUGAGCGCAACGAGAUCGAGGGCAAGAAGAAGAUCGUCAUAGCCCCUGGCGAGGGGACCAAGGGAGAGGGGGUUCCCGAGGUGGGGGAAGUGUGGGGUGUAGAGAUGGGAGUCAGUCUGGGCUCUGGAAAGGUCAAGCAGCUCGACCAGAGAGCCACCCUUCACCGCCGCACUCUCCAGACCUAUGGGCUCAAGCGACCGACCUCUAGGAAGAUCCUCUCUGAGGUUCAGAAGAAGUUUGGGACCUUCCCCUUCAGCUUGAGACAGCUGGAGGAUGAGAGAGAUGCCAAGUCUGGAGUUGUUGAAUGUGUCCGAGGCAAUGUAUUCCGCCAGUAUGAGGUGGUUGGGGACAAGGACGGUGCUCCAGUUGCCAGACUGCUGACUACAAUUGCCAUCACAAAGAAUGGCAUUACCAAGCUUGGUGGGCCGCCAGCCUUGGAUCUGAGCAAGCUCAAGACGGAUAAGAAGAUCACCGAUGAGGAGGUUCUUAAGAUCUUGGAGCAACCGCUGUCCAGAAACACAGGUAAGAACAAGAACAAGAAGAAGAAGAAGGGGCCCAAGAAGGCAGCAGCAGCAGCCAAGGAGGAGUCUGAGGAUGAGGAGGAGGACAGCGAUGAUGAGUAA